UUCCUUGCGGCAGUAGGCGUCGAGUCGUGAACAAAACAUCAAACUUGUUGGCUUUACUGUACAUAUUUUUUUAAUUAAAAAUAAAAAUGCAUUUUAAAAUAAGCAUUGUGAUAUAUGUGACACUAUUUUGUUAUAUUAAUGCUGAAGAAGACGUAUUACCAUCCUUCAUAAAGAAGUGUGACUUCAAUGAUAAAGAAUUAGAGAGAUGUAUUAGGAAACAAAUAGAGAACAGUCUUUCUCGAUUCACAAAGGGCAUUCCCGAGCUGGGCGUACCGUCUAUUGAUCCGGUGCAACUGGACGAUAUCAAUAUCGACGGGAAUGGUUUGAAAUUAAAAUUCGCAGAAGCGGCCAUGCACGGACUUAGUAACAGUAAACUAACAGAUCUUAAAGUCGAUAUUGGCAGUGAUGAAGAAGAUUUCAAUUUAGGCUUCAAGGGUAAUAUGAGUUUGACAGCUAAAUACAAUAUUGAUGGCAAGAUCCUAAUUCUACCAAUCAAAGGAGAUGGUGACGCCGUCGUUAAAGCUAAUAAUGUCGAAGUGAAUAUCCAGAGCAAACUGGUUCAUGUGAAGGACAGCAAAGGACGCAGCCAUUUAAAACUUAUAACACCCAACUACAAAUACGACAUACAAAGCACAACAUUCGACUUGAAGAAUUUAUUUAAUGGAAACAAGGAAUUAGCUGAAACGACUCUUAGCUUCGCUAACGAAAACUGGAGACAGCUAAUGGACGAUCUCGCGCCCCCUGCCAUCAAGCAAAUUGUCCGCACCGUUAUUAAAGCCAUCAACAAAUUCUUCUCCAAAAUUCCCAUCUCUGAAAUGUUGGAGGGAUAUAAAGAUUCCUAAAUAUUAACUUGUUACUGUAAAAUAGUUUUAAAUAUCUAUCUUACUUUUAUUCUAUAGAAUAUGACCACGACUUUACAAGCGUAACGGGAUAGACACAUAAGUGACAAUUAAUCAAAAAAAUUAAACCCGAUGGACUGAUUCAAAUGACCCCUCUCGGUCAAGCUGAAAGUCUGUGUUAGAGUGUAAGAUUAUAUAUAAACUAUCGAAUAAUAUUACGUAAUAAAAAUU